UUUCAGACCUGGUCUUCACUUGUGUCAUACAAAAUUUUCCAAGUACUAUUCAAAAAACUGUUAAUUAUGUUCCUUUAGACAAUGAAACGGAUGAACGAUUAGGGCAUAGCGAUUCGAGUGACUUUGAGAUGCUCGUCCAAUCGUAGUUUCACGAGGCCCGAAGCGGAAAACAAGGAGCAGGUAGAGAAAGUAAACAUAGAAAUUGAAGACAUGUUGCGUUUUAAUCGUGAAGACAUGGAGGAAUUGCCUCCAGAGGCGGUUCCUAUUCAAGCCAGCGGACAAGGAUGCAUGGUAUCCAAGGAUACGGACGUCUUAGUCUCAAAGUUCGAUGACGAAGACCAGACGAGGGAGAAAAUGGCACAAGAGCUGGAGCCGGAAGAAGGUGCUCAUCUUCUUGGUCACAAGAAUAUUGAUGCCAUAUGGAAAAAUGAUGUCGACGUUCUUGAUAAGUUGUUGUACAUAAGUGACCUAACCUAGCCUAACCUAACCGAGCCACUUGCUCUAACAACUUCAAUACAUUGGCACAACACUAAUGAUUUUGCAUGUUGAAUCCUGCUCAGUCAAAUUCAAAAUCAUGCCGGACAGCUUUCGAGCGUGAGGCGAUGGCUUUCGGUAAAGAAAACAAGGUUUUUGAGGAGUUGUGGACCAGAACUUAUAUGGAGAGGCAGGCCAGACUCUUGGAAAAUCAGAUCAACAUGCAGAAUCACCAACAGAAACGACUCACGGAUACACUGCAAGAGGUACAUGGACUUGAUAGACGCUUUUUUUGUUAGAGGAAAUCUGGAGGUCGGGUUUUCUCUUUUGGUUUUCUCUUUUUCUUGCGCAAGAAAAGGUAUCAGACAGUUAUCUUGAAUUUAUUACUUUGUUCACAUUUCUUGAGUUGCCUAAUAUACAACUUAGUCCGCUGCCUACCCUUUUCUAAACAAUAUCUUCUACCUUUUGAUGCGCCACCACUAUUUCAGGUCGCCCGCGCCAUGGCCUCGGCUGGCGGAGAGCAGCUCCCCAUGCCUUCUGCGGAGUCGCUGCGCACGGUCCAGGACGAAGUGCGCGCCGAGUUGGAGCAGAGUAAGCGAGAGUUAGCAGCGCAGGUGCAGCAUAGUGCAGCGGGGAUCGAGCAGCUAGUGCAGCAGCUAGAUGCGCAACGCGAACGCAACGUUGCAACGGAGCUUUCCCGGGUCGAAGCGGAGGUGCAAGACGUGCUAGCGAUGGUGAGUGCAGCAAAGGCAGAGCGCACUAGUGGCCGGGCAAAAACGGUGCCGGAAGUUCCGGCGGGACGUAAUGCGAAGCCAAUUUUUGCGGCUAAGGGAGGAGGCAACUCCCAUUCGAAGAUCAGUGGCGCUUCUGGAACUGGAAAACUCUCUGGGUCAACAUCCGGCAACAAGGUCGUUGGGGGGAGCAUGAAAAGCCUAACUGCCAGAAAGAAACUCGCUGCUGAACAACAGGAACACAAUAGAGCGAGCAAAAGCGUCGAGGAUUCGAACAAAGAGCAAGGCCAGCAGACGCAGAGGCAGUUAAAGCCAUCGCAGAUUCCCACUGCCAGUCGGAUCAAAUCCGCGCCGCCUGCUGAUCGUACGCCAGCUGAUGGCAGUAGCCAAUUUGCGAGAAAAGCGGUGGAGCAAAGAACGACUCCUAGUGCUACAAUAGCGGAAGCACAAAGGCCUCCGAAGCCGUUGACGACUUCGGACAUCAUAGGACCGACAGUCUUCGAUCGCAUGGCAGAGCGGCUAUUUCCGAAACGCGAAGCGGCAGAUGCCAGUGGAGCAGUCGCUACGAGGCCUUUACAAGGCAGUCCUACUGGGUCGUCAACCGGUGGAACGCUGUUGGCAGACUCAACGUCCAAGACUUUCGGUCCCUUGUCCGGCGACGGUAAACUUGCGAGUAGCGGCAUCCUGGCGCGCAAUUCAGGCCAGUCACAGAUGCCGAUUGUAAGAAGAGAACCUGGAAUGGGUGUGAAGCCACGUGGAAAUAUUACCACUGGUGCUCAAUUGUCAUCUUCGCUAACGAGUGCAACAAACGAGGCAGGAGGUGGAGGCCUGGGUCAGACCAGAGGCGUGUCCGAUGCACGCGCUCCGUUUGCGACCACAAGCGAUGGGCGGAGCCAGCCGGUAAGUGCGGACUCUCUGGCAUUUUAUCAGGAUAUAAAAGCCGAGCUAACGCAGUUGAGCACAAGGGAGCUCCCGAAGUGGAAUGCCGACGACGGAGGCACACAGCGCAGUGCCAAUCACAAAUUGGCGUACAACGAGAAGAAAAAGCGUGUAGAAACGGUUGUAGAGGGUAUGGGACGGACCAGUUAUGGGGGAAGCGCCUCGAGCAACGCCUCUACUAGUGCUUUCUGCACACCACGACCGGUGUCUGGGAGCAAGGACACCUUCGGUAUUGUGUCGCAGCGUCCCAGCAAGCAGACGGCGGGUCCAGUUGUACGGAGCGGCGCGUCGUCUGCGGCAAAAUUCCAGUCAGGAAUCGAUCUCCCGGACUACGCAAAGAACUACACGGGCGCUUCAUCUGCGGCUUCGACGGUGGGUGGCACAGCAAGGAGUAGGGACGGCGCUGGCAGUAAGCUGUCGAGCGCAACAUCGGCUUUCCCGGUUCACAGGAACAGAAACGCGCUCACGCAGCCCGGCGGUGGGGUGACGAUGAGCACGGUGCGUCCUGCGCAUUUAAUUGCUGCUGGAAAGUCCGAGCUCGUCAAAACAGAAGCCCAAAAAGCUGCCGACGAAAGAAAAAGAAAGGAAAACGAGCUGGCGGAGCUAGAUCGGCUUGCGGGAUACGCUGAGGCGUCGCCGAGCGGCGCGCUUGUGCGGAACAAGGUCACCGGGCAGCUAAGUCCUGCUAGCGCGGAGGCCCGUCGCGACAGCCUGAUAAAGGAACUCGGGAAGCAACGAAAGCUGCAAAAACGUCUGCAGGUUGCCGGCAUGUCCAGUGCGCAGAUUCGAGAAAUCUCACAGACGGAAGCGCAUAUCAAAUUCAAAGUUAUGCCUAGUACAAUGCUUAACCAUGUAGUAUCUACUAGGAUCCAUUUCCAGAUACCGCGUCACUGUUUAGGAUCUACUGAGAUACAUAUGCUCCAACGUACCCAUACCUUUGAUUUUUCCUACUAAAUUAAUAAUAGUCACUGAUAGAAGAAGGUUUGAACUUUCACUCCCAACUAUCAACUUUUUGUUGUUCUUCAUACUGUAGAAGGUGACGAAGCCAGUGCCUUUCAGCUUUGAUCCGGACCUCCGGCGCGAAGGCAUCAUCGAUCCAGACACACGUCGACUACUCCAGAUGUCUGAAAACGAGAAGCACGAGCUGAUCGAGGAAGCCGAAGAGGCUGCGGCCAUGGCGCGUCUAGUCCAAGAGCGGGAGGCUGUCGAGAACGCGAAGCGUGAAGAGGAGCUCGUAGUACUGCGGACGGAGGCGAAACGCGCGCAGGAAGCUCUCCAGGUAGUGCUGGACGCCAACGCAGAAGCGAAGCGAAGCAACGGUCUAGCGUUUGAGAAAAUGGGCGAGCGGUUAGCCGACAACGGGGAGCAGCUGAGCGACGCGGUACUUGGAGGGACGAUGUCGAAGCUGAAGGGCGUAAUUGGGGAUGACCAAAGUUAUGACAUCGUGUGUAGCCAUGGCAGAACACUUCAACAUGUGAUUUUACCAUUAAAAGCCAUCUCUCUCCGAAACGAAAGGCAAGAAGUCAUUUGUACCUAGCCUACUUAUCUUAAACUGGCGGGUUCUAUUGAUGUAUCGGUCACUAGCUCCAGUUUUUUCCCAUCACUUCUAAAUCAGCAUGAGUGCUGCGGGUCAAACUGCAAACAAAACUCUGCAUACGCAAUUGCAUCUCCUGAACCCAGCAUGGAAUGCCACUGGAGACGGCGCAUGGGCUACAAAGUUGCAGGCGUCUCCAAAUCGUCGAAAAAGCAGCUCUCCGCGCACUAAAACUACAGCUUCACCUGUUCGCCAGCUCUAUUGCGGCGCUUCGUCAGCUUCGCCUAAGAAAAAGGAACAGCGUUCGCCAUCAUGCGGUCCCCUGGAUGCGGCAAAGGAAGCUCUAAAGUCCAAUGUUGGUGGACUUGGAAAUAGCUCUGGAGCUGACCACCCGGGACUACAGGUUAAUGGAGCUGUGUCGCCAAGAUAUUAUUUUUCGUCUCCGCCCGGAUCCAGCUCGAAUUCGAAGGCUUCGGGAUCACCCUCGCCAAGGCAGCCGCCGAUGUUAGGCAGUGGAAGGAACCCACUAGGCGGACCGUCAUCCGGACCUUUCGCUACGACGAUAAACUGGCCGCUUAGUUCCAGCGCAGCUUCCUCACAACUUCCGACCCAUCGCAGUGAUGCUACGGCACUGCACGUCAUGGGCUCCUCCGGAGGAGGAGGACAGCAUCACCUUUUGCGCAGUACCGAGACGCAUCCCAGCGUUCAUGGAGGCUUGUCGCACGAGCGCGUUGGUUCGCCAGAGGAGAUGCUGGUGUUGCAGAAGGAACGGGAGUACGACCGACUUGCAGACAGAUUAAAAAAAAAGUAUAAAAUCGAAGAUGUAGACGUGUCUGAGGCGCGCGAAAUGCUCAAGACUGCGACCGAAUACCGAGAGUUGCGGCAGCCAAGUACUUCCGUAGACACCCAGUAUCUUGGCAGUAGUACACGUGGUGGCCACCAGACGGUGGAGCAACUCCAGCGAUCUAUUCCGCCACCUCUGUGUCAGGCAGUGGAUGCACAAGCCUUAAACCAUUACUUUGAAGUUCCCGGUUAUCCGGUUCUGCGUACUCCGCAAUCGCCUGACACCAUUCUUCCGUGUUCGCCGCGAAGCUUACUCCAAUCUGGCAGUGGCGGUCUGCAGAACAAUGCCGUGCAGAAGAAUACCGUGCAGAACCUGGAGUCAGCAGCACGAUUACGAUCGAGUCCAGUCUAUCCGACGGGCGGCGCAGAUGGACGAAACGUCGCUGAAACGGGAGUUGUUCUCGCAAAUAGUGGCUUGACGAAAGCAGGGGGAACGAGUAGUCAUAAUUGAUUUGUUGGGCCUCUUCAACAUCACUUCUUAUUUUUAACACGAUAGUACUUCCAUUUCCUCUCAUCUGUUGAACAUCAUCUGUUGUGUAAUAAGAUAGGAUUCAUGCACCUACUAGUACUCAAUCUUUUUCAUCAUACAUUUUUUUGAAAGUUGUAGUCUUUGGUUUGAAUCCAAACAAACUUCAGCUGUGAAGCUACCGUCGCCGAUUCUGCUUGAACCUCAUGGCGGGGUGUCGUCGUCUCCAGUAGUAGUUCCUGGCGUGACUACCUCAGAGGGUGCCGCACGCGGUGUCUACAUCACAGAACUGCAACUUCUCGAAUGUCUGCAGGCGGCCGAAAAUGCAGGUGCACAGCAGUCCGCAGAGGAAAUCUUGCGCCAAAUCGAUGCGCAACAAUUGGCGCACAAUCAACGGGUAGGACUAGGAGUUUCGUCUCAGCAACAACAAACGCUUCAGGGUGUCGUGAAUGCUGCUUCUGGGGGAGCCACUUACAAAAAUCAAAAUGUACUUGUGCAAGCAACUCAGGGACAAGAUGUACCGCCAGCAUUUUUCCGGGAAAUCCUACAAGAGUUAAUUAGUAGCGAGAAACAGACGGAGAAGAUGGAAGUCGAGGGAGAAGAGAACGAAGUGGAGAAAGUGCACGAUGCUGUGAGAAGUGAAACCAAAGCGGAAAUCAGAGUCAAACGGACCUCAUCAUCUGCGAAAAUAGGGAAGAGCAAAUCUGCGUCCUCUGCGAACAAGAUGAAGGGAUCAAGCAAGAUCGGAAAAUCAGGGAAACGCAAAGAGACCUCAUCGUGUGCUGACUCGCCUUCGCCACCAAUUGCUGCCGCUCCAGACGUGCAACAAGACGCAGAUGAUGGAGAGGUUUCGGAAGACAUCCUCGUGACGAAUGGAAAGAGGUCUUCAAUGGAGAUAUCGACGGAUUAUUUGUCAUCCUCGAAAGUUUCGGCUGGCGGGGUAGUGCGGUCCUCCAGCUCUCGACUGAAGUCGCGGAGCCGGCUCUCUCAACGGGGCAAAGUAUCCUCUCGUGGAAGCGAGAAUACAAGAUCAAGUUCAUUGACCAAGUCUUCGAAAAAACAGGUCAGUGUUGUUGAGGAACAACAACAGGUUUUUCCUAGUGGUGAACAAGAACGCGAUGCUUAUCAUGUACUUGAGGCGGCUGGUCGCAGGGAAGAUAGAAUUAGCCUUGCCGCGUCCUCAAUCUCUUGGAAGCAGCUCGAGAAGAAAAUGCAGGGCACGUUAGACCAGCGGCAGCGCGAGUUGUGGAAUGCGCUGGAGCAGCGAGAGAGGGCACUGUUGGUAGCAGCAAAAGCCGAAGGCCAUGUUCUAAAAUCCGAAUUGCAAUCUCAGAUUGAAAAGAACGCCAAUAUUGUCUCCGAAAAACUGGAUGAACGCCUUGUGCAAGAAACACAGCGGCUGGCUGAGACUCUGCAAGGCCAGAUGACCACAGCAGCAGCACAGAUGCAGCAGAAACUGGACGAGCAAUUGACAACCAAGAGAAAAGACCAACAGCAAACGAGAAAGCUCGCAGAACUACUGUUGUACUUACAUUUUUUGAUUGAAAAAGCGACGAUCACGUUCACGAAAUUGCUAUAUAUUAGAGUGUCAACACCUCAAUUUGUCUGCGUCCGAGUUCAAAGACUGACUGUAAAGUGAUAUCCUUCUGCUUUUGCUUUUUUGUUGUGAUUGUUUCUACUGUCUCCUACAACCAUGCCUCUGACGAAUAGGUAUGGUGACGAGACCGCAUCCACGCCCGUUAUGUAUGAUGUUUCCGCACUGCGUCCGCGGCCAAAUUACGAAAAACGAUACUCGUUCGAUGACAGCGAGCUCUCAUCGAGCAAGGACGAUUCUAGUGCAGACGAAGAGGAGGAGGAGAAUGGCCCGAACGCUGAGAACGACAAUGAUGAACACGCGCCUAUGGAUGAGGAUGAUCAUGUAGUAGAGAAUAGAAAGCGCGAUGAGGCGAUUUUACAAAGUUGUGCGCUGAGCGAAGGUGAGAUUAUGAUCAGCGAGGGAGAGGCCUAAAAUCCGCAACGUGGGAGUAGAAUCACGAGUAGAUCCAGGAAACUUGUUACUAGAUGCGCAUAACGCUCAGGAAUACUUAGCAUCUGCAGUUAUAUCUUUACACAUUCUAGUACUACUUCGUUUUUCUGAAAUUACUAUUUCGUCUGAAUACUUGAAAUUGAUGUUAUAUAAUCAUUUUAUCGAGACCCCAGUUGGGAUUUCUUGUCAGUUUUUGUCAAUUGUAAAUAAUCUUGCGCUAAAUGUAACCUGGAAUGUUUGAAUACGAUUGAACUUUGUUCUUGAAUCUAAUGAUAAGUCCUCAGAUAUUUCAGUAGUUAGUCACGCAUUAGAGGGUGCCGCGUAAACUGGAUUCAAACUUUUGUAUCCUACCAUCCGAAAAUCAUUUCGAUGAUAUUACUCGAUAGAAGUAGGGUGUCUGAUUGAUUCCUUGUUGUGAGAAUACUCGCUGAGCAUGAGGGGACGAUGCUUAUGGGAACAAACGUGAUGCUUGUCGUUGGAUCGACAUUUGAACUCCUUUUUGAUCUUGAGCCCACAGAAGUGGAGUAUCCAUAUGCACCCGUUAUUUCUGCC